AUGGCGGAACAAUCGCGGGGCAGCAUCCCCAUUCUGCUGCUCAAGACCAAGUCAGUGCCCAAAGACACGUACGAAGAGCUGUUCCUUGAACUCGACAACGGCAGCUAUGCGCCCGUCUUCGUGCCCGUUCUCGAGCACAGGUUCAAGCGAGAUGCCCUGCGUGAGGUGCGCCAACAUGUCACCAAUCGCGGCUUCGUGCCCCAAUCGCAGCAGGGUCUCGCGACAUAUGGUGCGCUGAUUUUCACCUCGCAGCGUGCAGUCGAAGCCUUCAGCGAGGUUGUCGAGGAAAUCCGUAGAGAAGGCGCCCUCGAUAUCGACGACCUGCUGCCAGAGAGUCUGCCGCUGUACGUAGUAGGCCCAGCUACCGCUCGCGGACUGCGAUCACUGGGUCUUAAGUGUCCAAUCUUGGGAGAGGAAACUGGCAACGGUGAAGCUCUCGCUGGCUUCAUCUUGAAGCAUUACAACGCCCUUUAUCCGGGUGUUGCGAAUUCACCCGUAUUGUUCAUGGUCGGCGACAAGAGGAGGGAUAUAAUACCAAAGACCCUGCAGUCAGAAGAGCUGGAUCCAAAAGAGAGGGCAAGAGUAGAUGAGUUGGUUAUAUACGAGACUGGAGAGAUGCAGUCUUUCAAGGAGGACUUUUCGACGAUCUGGCGCAGAAACGCGGAUCAGGGCUCGAAACGGCAGUGGGUCGUUGUGUUUUCUCCAAGCGGAUGUCAGGCCAUGCUUGAGAGCCUUGGUCUGCUCGACAUAGAGACUGGGAAAGCCAAGGCUACUGCUGAUCAGAGAGACAUCCUGAUAUGCACCAUCGGUCCGACCACGCGCGAUUAUCUGAAGCAGGAGUUUGGUUUCACUCCUGAUGUAUGCGCUGAGAAGCCAAGUCCGGAGGGCAUCGCCGACGGUAUUCACGCCUUUCUCGAGAGGCACGAAUAA